CGCUCCACUUUGAGCUCCUCGAGGCGCUGCAAGACUGCAAUUUUCCGACUGUCGAGUUUUUGCUGAACAUCCUCGCGAGAUUCAUACUCGGGAGCAUAUUGCACCCACAGAUCCUGGCCAAAAAACGAUGAUUUGUUUACCCUUCUUCGUGAAUAAACCGAGCGGAAGAAAUGAGUUCGUACUUCACCCAUACAGUCUGAGUAAAGGGUGCCGAAGGGAGGUUUGUGACAAUGUCGUACUCCUGAAUUGUGCCAUACAACGCUAGUCGCUGAAUGAGCUCGUUGAUGACAUUCGAAGGUGGAAUAUUUCGAAUCAUCAAAUACCUAGACAAUGAGAAGCAAAAAGAAGGUACGAACCGUGAUUCUUGUGCAACAGUGUAAACUCGCACUGCUUUCUCUAUAGAAGGUGUCCGAUACCUACAAUGUUACAUAAUUCCGACGAAAAGAUGCCAACUUGGGUAAAUCGGUGGGCGCUUCUUCUGGCUGUGGAUAAUCCGGCUCUUCAUAGGGAUCGUACUGGAUCGUAUCCUUGAGCCAGGGAUGAUUCAUUUGUUAGAGGUGUGUGUAAAACAAACAAUGCGUAGCAUCCAUUACAAUAAUAAUUAUGAUAUGACAAUACUAGAAAUAAUUCGAUGGUUACUGCUUAUAGGCCAGAAAGAACUCGAUGUCGGAAUUUUCAUCCGGGAUUUUGGAUUCCAUUUCAUUUACGGUCGUCCACGGAAUGGCCGUCCCACUGACGGUUCCCACUCCACUAUUAUAAACAUUCGGCGAAGUGAAGGGAUUUGCCUUCAUGCUCGCCUCCUUCUUUUCGUAUUCAUACAGCAAGGAAAUAAACUCCGCGAAGCUCUCCCAAUAAUACCUCUACUCCUCACUCCGUUUCCCCGUUUCCACCAUCUGGUUGGGCGGUACGCAGUACUUCCCCUGUCGCCGGUUGGGGUUGGUCGUGUUUCCAAUACUCAGCAGAAUGUGCAGGUUCGACUUCAAGAUCUCCGCGAGCUUCCCGUCCACGUUCUUCUCCUCUCAUCCUUCCCUUGUUUCCUACCUGCGUCUCGCGGUACAGCCCCAGCUCCAUCGUCAUCGCCACCUUCUGCAGCCGCGCCUUCACCGCUCGCUGCGUCUGCGCGCGCUGGAAGCGGUCGUAGUUGA